CCGUUGCGGGGCCUUUGGGAGGCAGCGGCGGUUAGCGAGGUGGCUGAUGCAGGCGUAACCGAGCAGUGGAGGUACACCGACACCCCCUCCUGCCUCGGAGCUGAGCCGCCGACCUCAUCCCCAGUCCGCGCCCCUCGCCCUUCCCCAGACUGUCCACUCCCGGUUCCUUGCUCCAGGAGCCCACGGGGCUGUUCUCUUGGAACGGGAAGGUAUUGCAGAGGCCUAGAGAGGGGAGGAAGACAACAUCAAUUUGUGCACCUCCCAGACUAGAACCAAGGUACUGCUUGCCACGUUCAUUGUGCUCAGGCCCAGUAGCAUCCACAGGAUCGCCUAUCCUCCGGCAGCUCAGUGGGAAAGUGUGAGCUCAGCUUCCUGCAGAGCCUCCCCACCAUGACUUCCAAGAAGCUGGUGAACUCGGUGGCAGGCUGUGCCGAUGACGCCCUUGCUGGCCUGGUGGCCUGCAACCCCAACUUGCAGCUCCUGCAGGGCCACCGUGUGGCCCUCCGCUCUGACCUGGACAGUCUCAAGGGCCAGGUGGCACUUCUGUCGGGCGGGGGCUCUGGCCAUGAGCCUGCCCAUGCCGGCUUCAUAGGGAAGGGGAUGCUGACGGGGGUCAUUGCGGGAGCCGUGUUCACCUCCCCGGCAGUGGGCAGCAUCCUGGCGGCCAUCAGGGCAGUGACCCAGGUGGGCACAGUGGGGACCCUCCUCAUCGUGAAGAACUACACUGGGGAUCGGCUCAACUUCGGCCUGGCCAGGGAGCAGGCCCGGGCGGAGGGCAUCCCUGUGGAGAUGGUGGUCGUUGGGGAUGACAGCGCCUUCACCGUUCUGAAGAAGGCAGGCAGGCGGGGGCUCUGUGGCACCGUGCUCAUACACAAGGUGGCAGGUGCCCUGGCUGAGGCAGGUGUGGGGCUGGAGGAGAUCACAAAUCGGGUGAGCGUGGUCGCCAAGGCCAUGGGAACCCUGGGAGUGAGCUUGGCCUCCUGCAGCGUCCCUGGUUCCAAACCGACCUUUGAGCUCUCAGCUGAUGAGGUGGAGCUGGGUCUGGGGAUCCACGGGGAGGCUGGCGUGCGCCGGAUAAAGAUGGCGACGGCCGACAAGAUCGUGGCGAUCAUGCUCGACCACAUGACGAACUCCUCCAACGUGUCCCACGUACCUGUGCAGUCCGGCUCCUCCGUGGUGCUGAUGGUCAACAACCUGGGUGGCCUGUCAUUCCUGGAACUGGGCAUCAUAGCCGAUGCUGCUGUCCACUCUCUGGAGGGCCGUGGGGUGAAGAUUGCUCGUGCCCUGGUGGGCACCUUCAUGUCAGCCCUGGAGAUGCCUGGCAUUUCUCUCACCCUUCUGCUGGUGGAUGAGCCCCUCCUGAAACUGAUAGAUGCUGACACCACUGCAUCAGCCUGGCCUAACAUGGCCAGGGUCUCCGUGACUGGGCGGACGCGGAUCCGAGCCGCCCCCACCGAGCCCCUGGAGGCCCCUGACUCCACUGCUACAGGAGGCACAGACUCAAAGCAGAUGGUGCUUGUGCUCGAGCGGGUGUGCACCACCCUCCUGGGCCUGGAGGAGCAUCUGAACGCCCUGGACCGAGCUGCUGGCGAUGGGGACUGUGGCACCACCCACAGCCGCGCUGCCAGAGCAAUUCAGGGCUGGCUGAAGGAGGGCCCACCCCCUGCCAGUCCCACCCAGCUACUCUCCAAAUUGUCCCUCCUGCUACUAGAGAAGAUGGGAGGUUCCUCUGGGGCACUCUAUGGCCUGUUCCUGACUGCGGCAGCUCAGCCACUCAAGGCCAAGACUGAUCUCCCAGCCUGGUCUGCAGCCAUGGACGCUGGCCUGGAGGCCAUGCAGAAGUAUGGAAAGGCUGCCCCUGGGGACAGGACUAUGCUGGAUUCUCUGUGGGCAGCAGGACAGGAGCUUCAAGCCUGGAAGAGCCCAGGGGCUAAUCUGUUCCAAAUCCUGACCAAGGCAGUCAAGAGUGCAGAAGCUGCAGCGGAAGCCACCAGGAACAUGGAAGCUGGAGCUGGAAGAGCCAGCUACAUCAGCUCCGCGCGGCUAGACCAGCCAGACCCCGGGGCGGUGGCAGCUGCUGCCAUUCUUCGAGCUGUCCUGGAAGCCCUGCAGGGCCAGGGUGCAUGAAUGCCUCCCAGGGCCUCAGGGCCUCUCACUGCUGUGCUCAGCAACCACUGUCACUGAUUUCUGGCUUCUUAGUCACCCUCCCCCACCUCUCGCCCUCAGGGCCUUCCCUCUGAAGCUUCCAGAAUUACUCCAUUGUAGAAACUGCAGGCCCAGAGUGGGUCGCUGCCCUCUCCCUCUUCAGGGAGGGUUAAGUCCUACUGUCACUCGGCUCUGUCCCCAGCCAACUCUGGGCUUCUGUGAGGAGGCUCUCCCCUCCCCUGGGUGGCAGCCCAGCCUAGAACUGUUAAGGACAUCCACGCAUACCAAGACUCCCUGUGAGAGGCCUUCUGCACCUGAACUCAGCCGGUGUGAAAAAGGAAGCUAAUAAACCACACUGAAGCAGAAGA